CUGACUGAGUUAGCCACUGGCACCAAAUAGCCCAAUUCGCAUUGUUAUUUGUGAACGUGGAUAUCUUUUAUUUUUUUUUUCCUCCUUCUGAACAAGACAUUAAGCGUUUUGAUUUAAAAUGGCAGACACAAAAGUAGAAACCAGUUCUGAUAUUCCCGCCAAGGACCUUAAAGAAAAGAAGGAAGUUGUAGAAGACAAAGAAAAUGGCAAAGACAAACCUGCAAAUGGAAAAGCAGAGAAUGAGGAAAAUGGCGAGCAGGAGGCAGAAAAUGAGGUAGACGAGGAAGAUGAGGAUGAAGUUGAGGAGGAUGAGGAAGAAGAUGAUGGAGCAGCAACUUUUUUUUGUAAAGGUGAUGAAGAUGGAGAUGAUGAUGAGGUUGAGGGAGCUACAGGAAAACGGGCUGCUGAAGAAGACGAGGAUGAUGAUGUUGAGACAAAGAAGCAGAAAACCGAUGAUGAUUAAGUGGGUGCACUCAGCAGGAAACCCGUCCAGUAAUUCACCUCUUGAAAAAGCAAACGUGGUGAUCAUCCACAAGUAGAGAGAGCAGCGUCCGUGCAAACACACCCACGGCACAUUUUUUUUAAGAAACUACCAAGACUUCAAGGCUCUACCACCUUUCUUAAAUACUUUAAAGGAGAAUUUGUUUGUAUUUUUAUUUACAUUUUAUAUUUUUGUAUAUAUUGUUAGGAGGUCAGCCAUUUUUAAACAGUUAUCUCUCUGGUGACCAAAUGGUGCUUUUGAAGUUGAUGCUUCUCUAUAAAAUAGACUUGUGGUUUGACCAUGUCAUGUUAUCUCAACACAACCUGUAUAAAAAGAAAUGAGAAAUAUUCAGUGCAUUCCAGUACUUUUUUUUUUUUUAAUCUCUUCAUGUACGUACUUUAGUUGUACCAUAAGUAGUUGGUUUGUAUGACAUGGCAAGGCCAAAGAAAACGCUUUUUUUUUUUUUUUUUUUUUUUCUUGGUCUAUAAAAUUAGUUUUAUUGCAGCCUGUUUUGUAUGUGUGAAACAGUGUGUUGUCCAACAAUAAACCGGAAUUUUAUUUUGCCGA